GCCUCCACGGAUCCACUCCGGGAAUGCAGCCCAAUGUGGAUUUCUGCAUCUUCCCCGAUGACCUCUGAAGAGACUUCCCAGGAAGUCACAGCAGCCCCCUCCCUUCCUUCCUUCUCAGAGCUGCUAAUGAUGGACCUCAGUGACCCGAACCCCAUUCCUGGCCCCACCGGCCCUGCCCCUCUACCAGAGGGGCUCCUCCAGCAGCGGUACAGAGAUGGGAAAACCCUGCCAGAGAGGCAGUGGGAAAGGUCAACGUCCCCUCAGAGGAAGAAAACUUUUCUUGGCCCUGUGAGAGGGUGACACCUCGAUCGCUUGGCACCUUAUCGGGUUCAGAGGGAAGCCAGAAUCUCUUCAUCCAGUGAUAGAGAUCAGAAUCGAUUUAGAUGUGGAUGUGGAUACUGCCAGAGGCACAAGUCAAAUGCUUGCGGGACACUUGCGGAGAGGAACGGGGCCCCACAUCCUUCCUCCUGGGAAAGCCUCAUGCAGGGCCUCAGUGGCUUGACCCUCAACCUGGGUGGCAAUCGGCCCGGCCUUCUGCCAGAAGGGCUGCCCCAACAGCAGCAGGGAGAGGAGAUGUGCAAACUGGAAAGGCAGCAGGAAAGCAAAAGAAUGUUCCAAAGGCUCCUGAAACAGUGGUUAAAACAAAACUGACAGUCUCACCUCAUAUGGCGGAGACCUGGACGGUUUCGACAGGGACGCUGGAGUUGCCGGACGCUGGGCAUGGACUCUUUUUGGGGACCAAACAGUAAGCCGUAGUCGGAGGAGGAACUCAACCGGUUUUGACCAGAAAUCCCGUGAGCAUGUGUUGAUCUGAUCCCAGGAAGAUCAUGACCUUUCCUGCCAGGAAUAAGACCGGUCUGGGGCAUUCUGAGGCCAGGGACACUGCAUAUAGGUGGUCCUCAGCUCCUAUAUCCCAGCUCCCGUGAUGCAUGGUGUCCCUCUAACACCCCAGAUCUCUGUCUUUCCUCCACGUGCUGAUCUCCAUGAGAUAGACAGUGUCUCUGCAGUGUGAAUGCCCACCCUGGUGGUGCCCAUUGCUUUUGUGCCAUUUUAUUGACUGCCUCCAAAUAGCAGCCCCAUGAGCACUAGAAUGCAUGUGUGCUAAUAUGAGAUCAGUUUCAAGACUCUAAGGCUAAAGAAAGCGUGGAAAGCAGAUGUGCAGCUGGAACGCGGUGGCUGACCUUUGCGUUCUUUGGAACCUGAUGGCAUGUACCCAGGCAGUGACGGUGCAGCUCAUCUGAAGUGAAGUGAAAAAAAAGUCUGCAUUCUGUCAGUGGGUUUUCAGGUGGCCCCAGAGCUGUAUUGCUGCAAACAUGUACGCAUCUGCUGCAGACAGAAGUGGCUUGAGAACAGACCCAUCAUUGAGCAAGAUUUCCAUCCCAGUGUAUGAGGUGGGAAGCAGAGUACAGAGAAGGUGGGACCAUGCCCAGCUGGCAGAGGUCAGAAAGGGAUGGCCUCACUCCAGCAGCCACACCAGGCUUCCUUUCCUGGGCCUGGAAACCUUUUCCUGAAGCCCAGCUCCAGAACUCAGGCCUUGGAGUGAAGGCCCCUGUCGUUUAACGGACAGGAGCCUGGCAUGGCCUGUGGAGGGAAGGACGGCCUUGCUGAGACCCUGCUCGCCUCAGUGACAACCCUCAUCAGCUCCUCCACUCGGUGAGUCUGGCUGGGCCUCUCCUCUUGCUGUGAUGUUUUAGGGGUCUGUUGAUGGCAUUCUAGAUAAACGUUGUCCUGGGUUAAAGGCAGGAGGACGCAAGGACCCCAAGGUCCCCUCUCACAGGGACAGAUUGGAGGUGGGCACAGGAGGAGCAUGUGGGGACCGUGUGCUGACAUCCCAGAUUCACGGGUGCCCCUCAGAUGCUGGGGCCCUUUGGUUUGUUUAUUCUGCCCCACUGUGCUGAUCUUCAUCAGCAGGGCCCACCCUCUGAGUCAGAAUAGGGGGAGCAAAUGAGCCUUGAGUUUCCUUCUAAUAGGUAAGUCAGGUGAGAUGCAAGCAUGUGAAUGGUCCAUGUGUACACGUGCUCAGUGAGGUUCAGUGAAAAUGCUCGCUCUCAGAUUUCUACUCCACAUUCCCAAUUUUUUGCGAGGGUUGGGGAAGGGGCACGUGUCGCUUGUGAGUCUGUACCUUGGUGCAAGAAGGGGAGCUAGGAGACACACCAUAUGUGUCACUGUGCCCUAGGCCGUCUAUGGAAAGGAUACCUCUUUUUAUUUUUUUUUAGUUUAUAUUUAUUGUUUUUCUUUACAAAUGAUUCCAAUUAUGUUGUGU